UCCUCUGCUACACGUAACCGGGUUCUUCUCGAAACCCACGUAAACCAGCAAGGCCGAAAUUCUCCGGCAAUCUUUCACCAAUUGAUUAGAGACUCCUGGACUUACCGGAGACUAUUGUCCCGAUUUCGCAAGGUGUCUUUGUCGACUCGGGAGAAGCGACUAUGGAUGCGCCCCCUGAAUUCAAAGCGAACCCUCCUGUCGUGGGCUGACGUAUGGACAGGCCCUUGCUCGGUUUGACUGGCUU